AUGCAUAUAUAGAUCAUUGAAAAGAAUCAGAUUCUAUUACCAGAUAUUAAGCCAGACAUAACUAUUGAGCAGUUAGAAAAUAUAUUGGCUGUAGAAUAAAGCAAAUAAAUAUACACAGUAGUAAUCUAGAAAAUGGAUGGUUAGUCGCAAAUAAUAGUUAAAAUACCAGCUGAUAAACUCACUCUUUCAAAUCUUCGAAGAAGAAUUGAGUAAUAAUUUGGUGGGAAAGAAAGGAUUAAUUGGAAAUAUGUAUGGGGAAGCAAUGCCUUGGUUUUUGACAAUAGAUACCUUCUAGUGAGUAAUAUGAAUUUUGAUUUGAAACUCAUUGGCAUGAAGGAUUAAAGUAUGCUUAGAUUUAAGGGAUUAGUGAGAAGAAGAAACAAAAAUGGGCCUAUUAGGUUAAGAGAAAAUGAAAGAGAUUAAUAUAUAAUUGUUUGA